CUUUUGGUUUCCUCUUUUUCAGAAAUUUAUUUCCCCUAAAGUUUUGUUUUUUAUUUUCGUCAAAACAUUGCACAGAGUGCUCCCCAAAGAUCAAAGUUUGCUCCUUUGAAUCGAUCUCCGUGUCUAGUGAGGAUGCAGAAUGAAAAUGAUACGGUGAAGGAUGAUGCGGAGUUAGCUGCAUCAAUCUCGGCAACGCAAGAAAAAGAAUGGGGAUGUUGCUCAGUGCAAGAACCAUCUUUUCAAGAAGAGGAAGCUGCCAAAGUUCCUUAUCUUGGUGAUAAGGAACCUCUCUCUAGUUUAGCUGCAGAGUACCAAGCAGGGAGUCCCAUUUUGCUUGAGAAGAUUAAGAUACUGGACAGUCAGUAUGUUGCAAUCAGGCGGACUAGAGGAGAUGGAAAUUGCUUCUUCCGAAGUUUUAUGUUCUCUUACCUUGAGCAUAUUUUGGAAUCACAAGAUGGUGCUGAAGUUGAUCGUAUCAAGGUCAAUGUUGAGAAAUGUAGAAAGGCUCUGCAAAACUUAGGCUAUACGGAUUUCACAUUUGAGGACUUCUUUGCGUUGUUCCUAGAGCAACUAGAUGACAUUCUCCAAGGAGGCGAAGAGUCUAUAAGCUAUGAUGAGCUGGUUAACAGAAGUAGAGAUCAGUCUGUCUCCGACUACAUUGUGAUGUUCUUCAGGUUUGUUACUGCUGGUGAAAUACGUACUCGUGCAGAGUUCUUUGAGCCCUUUAUAACAGGAUUAUCAAAUACCACAGUGGAUCAGUUUUGCAAGACAUCAGUUGAACCAAUGGGGGAAGAGAGUGACCAUAUUCACAUAACAGCUUUGUCAGAUGCACUUGGUGUUGCAAUCCGGGUUGUGUAUCUUGACCGUAGCUCAUGUGAUACUGGAGGUGUCACUGUGAACCAUCACGACUUUGUUCCCGUUGGCACUAAUGAUGAGAAAAAAGAAGCUUCUGCUGCUGCUCCUUUUAUAACCUUGCUGUAUCGUCCAGGCCAUUAUGAUAUCCUCUACCCCAAGCCUUCUUGUAAGGUAUUGGACAAUGUGGAAAAAUGAUCAUUUGACAUAUGGUAAAACCUGUUGGGAGGUGUUUACAAAACUGUGGUAAUAUGGAUUCACGUGGAUGAAACCAUGGUUACAUCAUCUCUUUGCUCCUUGAUUAUGAUCAACAAUCCUUUUGCAACAUUUGAAAAUGGAUUUUUUGUUUGUUUUACUAUAAUACUCAUGAUGAACUCCUUUUAUAGUGUACCAAAUUGAAUCAAAGGGUUUGUCAUAUGAACAAUGAGUCAAUGACAGAGGUCUAAGAUUGUUUUAAUGGGUUGAGUUAAU